AUGAAAAGUAACUCUCAGCCAAACCAAAGGUAAAUUCUAAUAAGAGACCUCGAAGCCCAUCUGGGAAAAAACCAAAAGCAGACCCAAAAUCACAAUACCUUGCUCUUUCUAACAAAUUUAAAUGUCCUCCAAAUAAAAAUUUAAUUGAAAGGUAAAUAUAAGGCAGUUUAACUGAAAAUCAAAUCGAGCUUUGUCUAGACGAUAUUUCAAGUCAAGAGCUUCGGCAUCUGCCUAAUAUCCUAUCAAAUAUAAAACAAAUAAACUGUAUAAAACUGUGAACAAUAGGCUAUGAAAAGAAAAUUAAGGUAAAAUCCGCAAAUAAGAAAAAUAAGUCUUCUGAGCCUAAUGCAAAGCCCAUCGCAGCAAACCCUUCAAUUAUGCACAGAUUUUCGAUGUUUUUGUGCAAUAACUUGGCAAAAAACCAAUGCUUACAGCAGCUUUGCUUGUUUGGGCUAGAAUUUCAAGAAAGCAGCUGGCAGCAGCUUGCAAGUGGCUUGAUUUCUUCAUCUGUGCUUUCGCUAGUCAUAAACCAUUGCAAGUUUUCAGAGCCACAGCUUGAAAUAUUAUUAUAUUCUUUUAUACUGAGUAUUUAUUUUUUUUUUUUUAAAUUUUCAUAAAAUCAAGCUUAAAUAAAAUAAGAUAUCUGCACUCAGUAACCAAAAUCAAUUGAAAAGUCUAGAUUUAUCAUGAAAUGAACUAGGUGAAAAAUCAGGAUAUACCUUUGUAAUUUAAAUAAACAAUAUGAUUUUUAUAGAAAAAUUUCAGAAUAAAAUUAAUUAAAUGAGGAAUAUAUGAUAUCAAGAAUUAUAGGAAAACAAGGUGAAAGAAGAGAUACUGAAACCUGAGCACAAAGUUUAAGAGGAUCAAUAGGAGGAAACUCUGAAGGCCUUGAAGAACUAAUAAUAGGCUACAACCACAUUGGCGACUAUGGCUGGGAGCAGAUUUUAACUGCAUUGCAUUGUGAUAUAUGGCUGAAAUAUAUUGAUAUCCGCGGCAACCAUCUUACUUCAAAAUCUUUUAUAGAAACUGAAAGACUUUUAGACGAAAAUAAAUAUUUACUUGUAAUUGAUAUCCGCGACAACAAAGACUCAAUGAAUUUCUUAACGAGAAUUCUUAAUAAGCUUGUCGAUAAUUUUACAUCAUAUCCCCACACAGCCCUUACUGAUAAAUAUACAAUUUUAUAUGAUCAGAUUCUCAAUGACCAGCAGCCUGACCCUACCUUUAUUGUUUCAGCUUUUAAACCAAGAAGAACUCUCACAGCAUCUUUUUCUAAGCCAAAAAAUGAAUCUUUCAGAAAAGCAAGCCCAGAGCCAAAUUCAUAUGGAAAUACCAGAAAUAAUGAUAAAUGUAUGAAUAGGGAAUGCAAUAAAAUCAUAGAAAAUUUGCAGAGGGAGUGCUCAAGAUUGUCAAUAGAAAAUGAAAGAUUGAAAAGGAAGCUAGAAGAAGCAAGUAGAAGGGCAACUUUUUCAAGCCAAGAUGAAGAAGAAACCGAAGAAUAUUAUGAAAGUAAUAGAAAUAUCCCAAGCGCAGAAGGGCUUCUAAGCGAAGUUGACAAUAUUAUAAAGCAGCUCGAGAGUUUUCCUUAA